UUUAGAAGUAGUCACGAGUUCCUUAUUAUGAUACUCACCCAUGAGAAAAGCCAGGUCCUUAAGAAACCCAAUAGAUUUUGGCAAUUGUCCUGAUUACAAGGAUGGUCUUGUGUUAACUACUGGUUAGUGAGAACUGGUGGACAUCAAGACCUUUCAAGAGAUGAAAAGUACAGAGGACCCAUUUAGCGUCCCAUCCAUGACAGUUGAACCAGGACACCCCAGUGGUUUCAUUUGGCCUUAAGGAUGCAGUAGGCAAACAUCAGCAUCUUCACUGGGCACAGGAAAUUGACGAGGGGCAGAGAGUAAAAACCAGUUUUGCACCAGACUACCUUCCAUCUAGGAUGUCUUUAUUUGUGACAUCAUACUAGAAGAACAUGGACGAAUUAACUAGCGAAGAAGAGCCAGUAGUCAGAAAGAGAAGACGUAAAGCUGUUCACAAGGAACUAGUGGACUGCGGUUGGUUACAAGAGGUCAAAAUUGAAGAAGAGGACCCAUUGAGUAUCCUACCUGAUCAGAGGGACACCUCUGACUUUUUGGAGGCUACAUCCAAAGAUGAGCAACUUCAGUGGAUGCAGGAGAACGAUGAGGUGCAGUAUGACUGUGAUACUGGGGAAACAAGAAUGCAUUCAGUUGAUGAUGAAUUCAAAGAAGAAAAAUGCACCUUUGAGACAGAGGAUCCUGGAUCUGCCCAUCACAGCACACCUCCUGGCAAUUGUGACCAAGUCAGAGACCAGAGUUUUAGGAAUAAACUGCCCCAAGUUCCCUCAACAAAGGAGGAAAAAUCUUAUGUGGUGGUGUUUCGUGAAUUCGAAGACGGUGAAUUUGCUGACUCUGAUAGUGAAAAUGAUGAAAGUGAUGAAGAUAAUGAUAUACUGGAUGGCUUAGGGUUAUCGGAUGAUGGUGAUGGUGAUGAUGACGAUGACAUGAUUGAUCCAACUUACCCGGAAGAAGAGUCUACUGGUACUGGAAGAGAUGAAAAUGUCGAUUCUGCAGCUGAAUUCAGUGGGGAUGAUGACGGUUGGACAGAAGGAAGUGACUAUAUACCGAAUGAAUAUGAUUUUACUGGGAAGGCAGGAGUGACAGAUGCAUUUAAAUUGAGUGGUCAUAGUGAUGAGUCAGACUAUUUUAGGCUUUUUAUGGAUGAUGAAGUAGUGCAAAUCAUGGUUGAUGAAACGAACCGUUACCACGCUCAACGCGUUGCCGAUCGACCCCUAGUCGUGGGUAGGUCGAAGGCAUGGCAAGAUGUAAGCCUGAGGGAAAUGGUAGUGUUUCUUGCCAUCACAUUACUCAUGCCCCAUGUGGCUAAACAUCGUAUUAGGGAUUACUGGUCGACUGAUAUGUACAUUCAUACUCCAGUAUUCUCGCAGAACAUGUCCCGUGAUCGGUACCAUGCCCUUUACAGAUUUUUACAUUUUACAGAUAAUAAUUUGAAAGGGGCCCACUCCAAAGACCGACUGUGGAAAAUAAGGAUCAUUAUGAAUCAGAUUCGGGAUCGAUUUAAAAGAUACUUUUAUCCAUUUCAAAAUCUUGUGGUAGAUGAAAGCCAUGUUUUGUUCAAAAGUGGCAAUAUUUUUAAACAGUACAUUAGGUCCAAGAGGCAUCGGUUUGGUAUAAAAAUACAUGUUCUCUGUGACUGUAAAACUGGUUGUGUGAUGGAUGUUGUUUUCUAUACCGGAAAGGAUGAAUAUAUCCCUGUGUUUGACCCGCUGGGCCGCUCGGGAGCAGUUGUGAAAUCACUUAUGACCCCUUAUCUGGGUAAGGGUCAUAUUGUGUACACAAGCCAUCACUACACCAGCCCAGGCCUGAGUGAGUACCUACACCACAGUAACACUGGGCUAGUUGGUACCGUUCGUGAACAUAGAAGGGGGAUGGCUGUUUUUCCCUCAGGCUUGAAAAAAGGGGAGACUGCACUUCGAAAGAAAGGGCAUCAUCUUGCUGUUAAGUGGAAAGAUAGAAAAGAAUUCACUUUGUUGACGACAAUACACACUGGCGAGUUAGUUCCCACAGGGAGGUUUGAACAUCAGACGGGGGACCAAUGUAUGAAGCUGGAUGUUGUUACUGACUACAUAAAAAACAUGAGGGUUGUAGAUAAGUGUGAAAUGCAGAUGGGGAAUGUGGAGUGUGCAAGGAGAUCACCUAAGUGGUACAUAAAAGCGUUUCUACACCUAGUAGACAUUUGCAUGUUGAAUGCUUAUAAUGUCUAUAAGCAUAAAACUAGAAAGUCCAUGUCUUUACGAAAUUUCUCUCUUAGCGUCUGCAAACAGCUGCUUAACAAGUAUGCCACGUUUCAGCCAGAAAGAGUUGGCAGAAGGGUGUUGACAAUACAAACUGAUCGCAUUGCACCCGACCAGUGGUGCCAGAGGCACUAUAUUGCAUCUGUUCCACCAACACAGAGCAGAGCAAAAGGACAAAAACUGUGCUAUGUGUGCUCAAAUACGAAGAAACGAAAGCAGAUGAAAAAUAAGAGAGUGACGACCUGGUGCCCCAGCUGUAAGGUGGGGUUAUGCUUGGGUUGCUUCAGAGAAUACCACAGUUAUGUCAAGUUCUAGUGAGAGAUUGACCCAGGGGGAAAGGGGGACUUGAGAAAUGGACAAAGUGCACACAAGAAUCUGAGCGUAAGUUGCAUAUUUUUGUACUUUAUAAUAAUUGCUGGUAGAAUACUUCUGUGGCAGUUCUGUAUCUCACCACAUCUUGGUAAUAGAACUUACUUUUUCAUAAUUUACCCAUUCAUACGAAGAGUUAAUGCUGAAAUCUUAUUUUUUGGAAAUUUGAGUGGUUCCUGGAAGUGCUCAAGAAUGUGGGAAUGUGGUGACGCACAAAUUCAUUACCUGAACAGUCUUUCAUAUUUAAAAAUAGAACUCGAGGUAACCUCUCAAAGGCAAAGGUAGCCAGGCCUUCUGAAACUCUAGUAUUUAAGGAAUUGCAUCAUUCUGUUACAGAGGUUUUUGCUGUAUAUGAAUACAUGUUUGAAUUUAA